ACGAGGUCGAGAAGGUCAACGUAACUUCACCGUGAACAGCUUCGCAUUUGAAGUUGAUAACUCUGGUCGACCCUAUGUGAGGUUGACACACGACGAGUCCUCGGAAAAUCACCCUGGUGGGUUAACUGACGUGUCCAGCACGGAGAAAGAAGCGAGAAUAUACGAAACCAAUCAGCCAGUUGUUGGGUAUAAAGCUUUGGCUCUUUAUCUCGAAAAAGUCAACCCAAAUUGUCCUGCUCUUUUCCAGUAUUACGCAUGGGAAAUUGAAACGACCACAACGUCCAGCAUGGCAGACAGACGCUUAUUUGUGAGCUCUGACGCCGAAUUAAGCGAUGUUGAAGAGAAUACAACAAAGAAUGUAGAAUUUAAGCGAACGAAUAAGAUCAAUGUCGUAAAGUAUCUUAAUAUUACUGAAAAAGGAAAACUCAGAUAA